CUACAUCUGAAUACAUCAACAGUGGAGAGAAGAGUCCAAUAGGAACAAAUAUUGCCCCAGAGAUGGCUACUAGGUCAUCUCUGCUGCAACUGUUGGUCGUGGCAGUAGCCGCGGCGCAGUUUUUCGGGUCGGAAGCCGGCGGCAUUUCCAUCUACUGGGGUCAGAAUGGUGGAGAGGGCACGCUGGCUGCAACCUGCGCCACUGGCAACUACAAAUUUGUCAACAUCGCCUUCCUUUCCCACUGCGUCCCAACCAACGGCGGGUGCGCUAGUCUAAGUUCCGACGUCAAGUCAUGCCAGAGCAACGGCGUCAAGGUCAUGCUCUCCAUCGGUGGCGGAGCAGGCGGUUACUACCUUUCCUCGUCCCAGGACGCUAAGAAUGUCGCGACGUACCUGUGGAACAACUUCUUAGGAGGUACGUCAUCUUCGCGGCCUCUCGGUGAUGCAGUCCUCGAUGGCAUCGACUUCGAUAUCGAGGGCGGUACACCCCUGCACUGGGACGAUCUUGCAAGGUUCCUAAAAGGGUAUAGCAACUCCGGCAGGAGAGUGUACUUGACUGCCGCGCCACAGUGCCCUUUCCCUGAUGCAUGGGUGGGAGGCGCCCUCAACACCGGUCUCUUUGACUAUGUGUGGGUGCAGUUCUACAACAAUGCUCCUUGCCAAUAUACUUCAGGAAGCACUUCCAAUCUAGCUGAUUCAUGGAAGCAGUGGUUGACAGUUCCUGCAAAGCAGAUCUUCCUCGGUCUCCCGGCAUCACCUGAGGCUGCUGGGAGCGGGUUCAUCCCGGCUGAUGACCUAAAGUCGGAUGUUCUCCCAUUGAUCAAGAGUGCGGGGAAGUAUGGUGGGAUCAUGUUGUGGUCCAAGUAUUAUGAUGACCAGGAUGGCUAUAGCUCUUCGGUGAAGAGUGAUGUUUGA